AUGAAGAAAUGUAUAAUAAUUGUUCUCAAUUCGACCCUAUUUUGUUUUCUCUUACAGUAUGAUCAGAACUUUGUAGCAGUAGUCCCUCCCAAGGAGGUGACAUUUACCAAUCUGAAUGAUAACAUUAACAAUGACUUCUUGGAGAACAUGUGUAAAGGUUUUGGUAAAAUUGAAGAAUGCAAGAUAUAUUAUCACCCGAAAACCAAGAAACAUAUUGGUGUUGGAAAGGUGUUAUUUAUAUCAUCUAAAGCAGCUAAAUCUUGUGUUGAUAAAUUACAUCAGACAUCUAAAAUGGGUAAUAUUAUGACUGUGAUACUGGACACUAUGGGUAAGUUAUAA